AAGUUGUUCUAAGUUCUCUGGUUUGCUCGCCAACAUUAGAGGAUUUCACCACAAACAUAUUAUAAGCGGAUUUCAUAUAUGUUCUCUGAUUAAACUAGGAGACACAGUGUGUCGUCAACAGCUGUUAAUACCAAAUUACUGGAAGUGUGUUAAUGUAUAGAGAACAAGAACAGAGAUCGUAUAUUAUAUGAUAUUAUAUGAUAUACAUACGUUGUCUGCUAUAAUUACCAAAUUACUGGAAAUUAAACUUCUGGGUUUACUUUUUCAUCGAUACGGUAACUUGAUUUUUUACAUUCUAUCUUCAACAUUGCAACUCUGGGCAGAUGUUCUUCAUUCACAAAAGUUUAGAUUUGACUUAAUCGCUUUUGUUUCUAUUGUUUUUUCAAAACUCUUUCAUUACAUUCAUAUUCGCGCGUGUAAUUUUUAACAUUGAAAUUUGUCAAUUAAAAUUUUAUCACUAAAUUUUGCAAAAUAUAUAUAAUGUCUCGAAAUUAUACAUCCCCUUAUGCGAAGCAAUUACAUCAAUAUCCUUCUCAAUCAGAGGAUUACAUAUCGCUAGAAAUAGGCGGUCCAGGUAAGUGUUCCACGCCCGCACGACCACAUUACAACAACCUGAACACUAAAGGCAGCGGUGGAAACUUUUAUCAGAAUAAGCAUAGAGGUGGUGGAGGUCGACAAAAUCGGUUUUCGGGUGGAUGGCAAAAUAACCGGCAGAGCACUAGCGGAUAUGGAAUGCAAUGGCAACAGCAGACACCGCGAAACUGUGACUCUGCGGAGUGGCAAUGGCGUGGUGGUGGACACAGACAACCGAACAAUAGCCAAUCUUUUAAUAGCAAAGUUAAAGAUGUAUCGGCGUACGUACAUCAGUCUAUGCUGGAAGAUCCAUGGAAGGACUUAAUAGAAAGACGAAAUGCGAUCAAACGAAGCGAGAUAAACCUGCCCACUCCUGCCCAACAAAAUGAUCAAACUACAAAAUUUGCAAGCACGGAAAAAAGCGUCAGCGAAGAUAUUGAAGCUGAUAUGAAUAAUGCUGGUUAUGAAGGUGAAAUUGUUACAGGGAGUCCGUAACACUAAUGAAAUUUUUACUAUAUGCUUAAAAAAGAAACGAGAUUUUAAUGAGUUUAGAUAUUAUAAAAUACUAAAAUUGUAAAACAUUAA